CGGUUACGUGGACACUGGACAGUCAGCUCACUCAGCUAGCCAACAGACACUGAUGCACAUCGUAGUUGUUGCUCCUGUCUCCAACGCCUUUUGUUUGCUUAAAUGAGGUUAGUUCGUGUUUUUUUUAUUUUUAUUCUGUAUUGAAUAUUCUUUUAUCAUUGGCAAUAUUAUACAUGCAUUUCACAGUAUACUCGUACGUGUAUAUAGCUUUGGUUAUAAAAAAGUUCCUCUUCUACAAUUCCAGAUAUCGUUAUGGCCUCAUCAGCGAAGAAACGGCAGUAUGAUGAAAGCUACAUUCAGUAUGGAUUCACUGCUAUCAACAAAAGUGGGAUUGAAUUUCCACAGUGUGUAUUAUGCCACAAAGUUUUGUCACUGGAGUGCAUGAAGCCUAGCUUUCUCAAACGCCAUCUAAACAGCUGUCAUCCAAGUUUUAUAAGCAAGAAUGCUGCUUUCUUCAAGCAAAAGGAAGAGGGAUUGAAGCGAGCACGCUUCGAUCGUUCGGGACAUUUCAGGCAACAAAAUGAAGCUGGUUUGCGUGCAUCCUACAUGGUAUCACUGAGAAUUGCACAAGAAAAGAAACCUCACAACAUUGCAGAAAAGUUGAUAGUUACUUGCUGCAAAGAUAUAAUACGUUGUGUUAUUGGUUGUGAUGCUGAGCAGAAGGUCACAUCAGUACCUCUCUCAAAUGAUACUGUUCAUCGACGAAUAGUAGAUAUGUCUGAGGAUGUCAAACAACAAGUAAUUGCUGAAUUAAAGGAAGCCUCUUUAGGAAAAUUUGCAAUCCAGCUUGACGAGUCGACUGACGUGGCUGCUUGUGCACAACUCCUGGUGUUUGUGCGAUACGUCACUGGUCAAGAUUUCAAGGAAGAGUUUUUGUUCUGUCAUACCUUGAAUACGACUACUAGAGGUGAAGACAUUUUCAAUGAAGUCUCAUUGUUUUUUGAGAAAGAAGGACUGUCUUGGAAUAAUGUAUGUGCAUGCACAACUGACGGAGCACCAGCAAUGCUUGGUCGUCGAUCAGGAUUUCGAGGAAGAGUGAAUCAGGUGAAUCCUGAAACCAAGCAUCUUCAUUGCAUGCUUCAUAGAUAUGCCCUGGCAUCCAAAACUCUCCCACCUGAUUUAAAAUUAGUCCUGGAUGAUGUUGUGCACAUGGUAAAUGCCAUCAAGUCAAGCGCCCUAAAUACAAGACUGUUUUCCCUUCUGUGCCAAGAGUUUGGAAGUGAUGAAGAAGUGUUGCUCCUUCACACUGAGGUUCGCUGGCUGUCGAGGGGGAAUGUGGUAUCAAGAGUAGAAUCACUAAAGGAGGAGCUCACUGAAUUCUUCAAAUGUGACAACAAGGCAAAGUCACUUGAGUUCACCAAGAAAUUGUCAGACAGCCAGUGGCUUCAGAAGCUGGCCUACCUGAGUGACAUAUUCUUACGCCUCAACUCAUUUAACUUAUCCCUCCAAGGCCGUUUUGCCACAGUGAGUGAUUUCAUGGACAAACUUAGGUCACUGACCAUGAAGCUGGAGCUUUGGGAAGGGAAGGUCAAAGAUGGAAAUCUUAGCAUGUUUGAACACCUUGGUGAGGCACUUGAUAAAAGUCAAAACACUGGAAAACAAGAUGUGAUGCAACUUGUGCAAUCACAUCUAGCUUCUCUGCGGAUGGAGCUGCAGUCUUACUUCCCCGAAUUGAGUGAAUUGGAAUCAAAAUUGAUUAGAAACCCUUUCAUUGUGAAUGUGCACCUUCUCCCAGAUAACAUGCAAGAGGAGUUCUUAGAGUUGGUGAACGACUCUGUUGCAAAAGAUGCAUUUGAAACACUUUCCCUAACCAAGUUCUGGGCUAAAAUGAGUGAGAUUUACCCUGUUGUAUCUAAAGUAGUUCUGAACUCUUUGUUGAUGUUCCCUAGUACUUAUCUGUGUGAGCAAGGAUUUUCAACGCUGUUGAACAUGAAAACCAAACAUCGAUCACGGCUUAAUGUGGAACAUGACCUACGAUUGUGCCUGUCUAAUACUGCUCCUCGAAUUGAGAAACUUGUUUGUAACAGACAGGCACAGCCUUCACACUGAAGUUCAGUAAUGGUUGAUAAAGGAAAUAUUGUUUCAUUUCUGCAUGUGUAGUAUCACUGUAAAAUACUUGGAAUAUUCAUGUUUCAUCUCAAUAAAGUAAUAAAAAUUUGAAUAAUUUCAUAAUAUCCUAUGUUGUACCAUUGUACAUUGAGUUAGUUACUAAAUUACCAUUUUGUUCGAUGUCAGAUUACCGGGGGGUACUGGUAAAUGGUCUUAUAUCUCAGGGGGUACUUGACGGGAAAAAGGUUGAGAACCCCUGCUCUACAGCGUUCUUGUGGCGAUUAGUCACCGCCUGCUCACACUCCAGACACCUAGUAACACUAUCAGUAGCCUUCACGUGUACUUACCAAAACACACAAACAAAGACACACAAGGAAUAACACAACGGCAGCAACAAACAAAGACACACAAGGAAACACACAACGGUAACGAACAAGCAAAAACACACAAGGAAAACACAAAGAUUACUGAAAUAUAUCACACAGUAUUAACACAAAACAAACUCACGAGGUCCACAGGAUACUCAACUUGUUUUUGGAGACAACUCGUGCAGGGGAAGCAGGAACAAACACUUAGAAAACACCUCCAACACAGCAGACACUCAUAAGAACAUAAGAACGUAAGGAGUCUGCAAGAGGCCGGUUGGCCUAUACAAGGCAGCUCCUGUACAUUCAACCCCACCUUACCUCACCAUCCAUGGCUUUAUCUAACCUCUUCUUGAAUGUAUCUAUGGUAUUGAAAGAAUAAAGGGUUUUUGGUUGGAAUACAAAGUUAGGCGGGGUUCCCACUAUUCCGUCUUGACGGAUCCGUCGACGUUAAUGACGUCAACGAAACAGCGGCCGCCCGUCAGGGAUGAUCCGCUCCGUCAGUCCAUCACUCAUCAUUUGUUGACAAACAUAUGGACAGCAAUAACCACAACGACUUCUUGUAUAUGUUAUUUUGUAGCUAAGUACUUCUAUUUCAUAUUUUCAUGAUAUGUAGAAUAUUCAGCAUCGCUGGACUGGCACCCCACCACCGCCGUUAUGGACCCAAAAGUUAACUUGAGUUCAUCUCUGGACGGGCUCCGCGCGGGGCCCGGGCUCCGUUGAUGACGUCACUGACGGUCGACGGAUCCGUGAAAACGGAAUAGUAGGAACCCCGCCUUAAUUUCAUGCACGUCAGAACAAGUUAAGACUUGGCCAAUGACCGCACAGUACCACGACCAAAGCAAUGAUACCAAGUCUGCAAGUCCCUCCCUGUAGGCUUACCCCCGCCAGCUCUCGUGACACCAACUACUGUUAUUUUUA